AUGCUUCAAAUGUUCAGAUCGCCGCAGGAAUUCGACAUCGUCGUUGCCGGUGGUGGUAUUGUCGGCAGUGCUACAGCUCGGCAAUUGAAGAUAGAAUAUCCAAAUUUGAAAGUAUGCGUGGUAGAGAAAGAAAAAAAAUUGGCUGCUCAUCAGUCUGGUAAAAAUAGCGGUGUAAUCCACGCUGGAAUUUACUACACACCAGGGACCUUGAAGGCGAAACUCUGUGUUGAAGGAAUGGACCUCGCUUAUAAAUUUUUUGCGGAGACUAAGUUUCCGCAUAAGAAAACGGGGAAGUUAAUCGUAGCAGUUGAACCGCACGAGAUUCCUCAACUAGAUGUUUUAUAUGAAAGGUCUCAAAAGAAUGGCUGCAAAGAUAUUCAAAUAAUUGAAGGCCCACGAAUCAAAGAAUAUGAGCCGCACUGUAAGGGUCUUAAAGCACUAUGGUCGCCGCACACAGGGAUCGUGGAUUGGGGAGAGGUGGCGAAAGCUUUCGCUGCAGAUUUUGAAAAAAGGGGCGGAACUGUUUAUGUUAACUUUCCAGUCAAGAAUAUUUCGCAGUCGCUUAGUCCCUCGUUUCCUAUUGCAGUCCAUUCAACAAACGAAUAUAGUCCAAUACACACUCGUCACUUGAUUACGUGUUGUGGAUUGCACUCGGAUCACGUCGCAAAACUCACAGGAUGUGAUUCUAACCCUAAAAUUGUUCCCUUUCGAGGAGAGUAUUUGCUUCUCAAACCGGAAAAGCAGUAUCUUGUCAAGUCCAACAUUUAUCCUGUGCCCGUCCCAGGUCUGCCAUUCCUUGGGGUUCAUUUCACACCACGAAUGAACGGUGACGUGUGGUUAGGUCCAAAUGCGGUUCUAGCAUGGAAACGAGAAGGAUAUAGUUAUUUCUCAAUUUCUCCGUCAGAUCUUUGUGAUUCUCUUACUUACAGUGGUGUUCAGAAAUUAAUGUUCAAGUACUUCAAAUAUGGUGUGACGGAAUUAUAUCGUGGCAUAUGGAUCAACGCACAAGUGAAACAACUGCAACGAUUCAUACCGGAAUUGAAGCCAAGCGACGUUACGAGAGGACCAACCGGUGUGCGUGCUCAAGCAAUGGAUCCUGAGGGUAAUCUCGUUGAUGAUUUUGUUUUUGAUAGCGGAAGUGGUCAAUUAUCGCGGAAAGUGCUUCACGUUCGUAAUGCUCCGUCUCCAGGCGCGACAUCGAGUCUAGCCAUUGCGAAAAUGAUCGCCAAUGAGGCGAAAUCGAGAUUUGCUCUUUAG